CCUACCAUGAAUUGUUCUGGUUGGGACUGACAUACGAAAGUCCUUCUGAGGGCUUCACUUGGAGUGAUGGCUCUCCUGUUUCCUAUGAAAACUGGGCUUAUGGAGAACCUAAUAAUUAUCAGAAUGUUGAAUUUUGUGGUGAGAUGAAAGGUGACCCUGGUAUGCCCUGGAAUGAUAUUAAUUGUGAACACCUUAACAACUGGAUUUGCCAGAUACGUAAAGGUAGGGUCCCCUUAAACUUCAUCACCUUUUUAAAUUUUUCAGAUCCACCAGUCACUGAAGAUGGGUGGGUUAUUUACAAAGACUACCAGUAUUAUUUUAGCAAAGAGAAGGAAACCAUGGAAAAUGCACGAGCAUUUUGCAAGAGGAAUUUUGGUGAUCUUGUUUCUAUUCAAAGUGAAAGUGAAAAGAAGUUUCUAUGGAGAUAUGUAAACAGGAAUGAUGCACAGUCAGCGUAUUUUAUUGGCUUAUUGAUCAGCUUGGAUAAAAAGUUUGUUUGGAUGGAUGGAAGCAAAGUGGAUUAUGUCUCUUGGGCCACAGGUGAACCCAAUUUUGCAAAUGAAGAUGAAAACUGUGUAACCAUGUACUCCAACUCAGGGUUUUGGAAUGACAUUAAUUGUGGUUAUCCAAAUGCCUUCAUUUGUCAGCGACAUAACAGCAGCAUCAAUGCCACCACAGUUGCACCUACCAUGACCCCAGGCCCAGCAGGUUGUACGGAAGGUUGGAGUUUUUACAAUAACAAGUGUUUCAAAAUAUUUGGAUUUGUUGACGAAGAGAGAAAAAAUUGGAUGGAUGCACGAAAAGCUUGCAGAGAAUUUGGAGGAAAUCUGGUAUCCAUACACAGUGAAAGAGAGCAAGCAUUUCUAACCUAUCAUAUGAAGAACUCCACUUUAAAUACAUGGAUUGGGCUGAAUGAUAUCAAUUCAGAGCACACUUUCCUUUGGACGGAUGGGCGAGGAGUUCAUUAUACAAACUGGGGGAAAGGUUACCCCGGUGGAAGAAGAAGCAGUCUUUCUUAUGAAGAUGUGGACUGUGUCGUUAUUCUUGGAGGCAAAUUAAGGGAAGCAGGAAAAUGGAUGGAUGAUAACUGUGACAGUAAACAAGGCUAUAUAUGCCAGAAACCUUCUGACCCUUCCUUGCCUAAUUCUCAAGCAACAGUUCCAACAAAUGGCUUUAUUACAUAUGGUAAAAGCAGCUAUUCACUCAUAAAAUUAAAGGUACCAUGGUACGAUGCAGAGAAAUAUUGCAAGGCUCACGAUUCCCUUAUUGCUAGCAUUCUGGACUCCUACGAUCAGGCAUUUGUGUGGAUGCAAAUGCAAUCGUCUAGUGAACCUGUGUGGAUCGCCCUGAACAGUAACUUGACCAGUAAUGAAUACAUGUGGACUGACAAAUGGCGCAUGAGGUACACUAAUUGGGCUACUGAUGAACCCAAACUGAAAUCGGCGUGUGUUUAUGUGGACCUUGAUGGCUACUGGAAGACAGCAUAUUGCAAUGAAAGUUUUCAUUUUCUCUGCAAAAGAUCAGAUGAAACACCUUCCACUGAACCCCCACAAAUGCCUGGCAGAUGCCCAGAAUCAGAGCACACAGCAUGGAUUCCUUUCCAUGCUCACUGCUACUAUAUUGAGUCCUCAUAUACAAGAACCUGGGGUCAGGCUUCUCUGGAAUGUCUUCGAAUGGGUUCCACUCUGGGAAUGUGGCUCUGGAUAAACGACAAUGCAGUCUCUUUUGUCAACUGGAACACAGGAGAUCCCUCUGGUGAACGAAAUGAUUGUGUAGCUUUAUAUGCAUCUUCUGGGUAUUGGCAUAAUAUUCACUGUUCUGGCUACAAAGGAUAUAUUUGUAAAAGACCAAAAAUUAUUGAUGCUGAACCUACUCAUACAUCAGUUACAACAAAAGCUGACUCAAGGAAGAUGGAACCUUCCAAACCAUCUUCCAGCAAGGCAGGAGUAGUGGUCGUUGUGAUCCUCCUGAUUCUAAUGGGUGCUGGCCUCGCCGCCUAUUUCUUUUACAAGAAAAGACGUGUGCACUUACCUCAAGAGGGCACCUUUGAGAACACUCUCUAUUUUAACAGUCAAUCAAGUCCAGGAACUAGUGACACAAAAGUUCUUAUGGGCAACAUUGAACAAAAUGAACAGGCAGUCAUCUAGUAUCAUAAUGUGAUUUUAAUAUGUUUGAAUUUCGUAAAAUUGUAAUUGAAAUGUUAAAUUCUUUAAUUCGAUGUGAUUGUUUCCUUUAAAAUUAGUACUGUAUUGUGCAUUGUACCAGUCUGUCCUUUUCUUUUGCCUAAUUGAAGAAAUUGCUCGUUUUCUAACCUGGCAAAAUAUUUUUACAAAAGAGGGAUGGUAAUAUUUACCACUAAUUUUUAAAAUAUCAUAAGUGAAUUCAGCACUACAAGAUCGACUUUUAAGCAUCAUUAAGGUGUAGCUAGUGUCAACUUCAUGCAGAUUCCAAGAGCUCUAGAAACAACCAACUAAACCUCUUGAAAUAGUUUGAGCUCCCAAAGGUAUGUUACCUACUGAAUUGAAAUUCAGCCAUUAGAAGACCAUGGUAAAAAUCAAUACAAAUAACCUCUAGUGGCAUAAAAAUUUAGUCAGUUUUCUCUUUUACCAGUCUGGAUUUCCACUCUAAUUAUUUAGAAUUGUAUUUGCAUUUGUGCAGAAAAAUAAGGCAGCAGAGAGCAUCUUGCUUUCCCCAAGCAGGGUUUUAAAGGCUGAGUAUUUCUAAUGUGUUCCUUGUCCUGUUAUUUGUAUAUCAGGAAUGCAGAGAUGUGAAUUAAAAAUGUAAAUUUGCAUAACUGGAUGUACUUAGAUAAUGUGAAAUAAACAUUAAAGACAACGUUUAUUUUUAACAGAUUUGCAUUUUUGUGAUCUUGGUUAGUGUAAAUUUGCUUUUAAAUGAGAUUUAUUUAUCCAUUUACCUUAUACUUAACUUUACUCCUAAAAUAAACAAUGUUAUUAGCAGAUGAA